GACACGCUACUUAGGACAGUCUAAUACGCUUUUGUCUUUUGACGAUUUCGUAACCUUUGCACACUUUUUGCUUCCUCCAACCAAGGACAUUUCUGCAUUCCACCAUGAUGGCCGUUUCGCGCUCAGAUCUGCUAGCUUGGUUGAACGAGCUUCUGCAGCUUAACUACACAAAGAUUGAACAAUGUGGUACAGGAGGAGCCUACUGUCAAAUCCUUGACUCCAUCUAUGGCGAUCUUCCAAUGGCCCGAGUUAAGAUGAACGCAAAGCACGAGUACGAAUUCGUCGCCAAUUUCAAAGUCAUGCAGAACGUCUUCAAAGCAAAGAAGAUUGAUAAGCCCAUACCCAUCGAGAAGCUUGUCAAAUGCAAGAUGCAAGACAAUCUAGAGUUUUUGCAAUGGAUGAAGCGAUUCUGGGAUUCUAAUUACGGCGGACAGGGUUAUGACGCUGUGGGACGUAGGCGUGGUGCACCAGCUGAACCCCCAGCGACCAUCGCACCACUUUCGACUGGUUCUCGCAGCGCCAGUGCCGUUCUGGGGGUCGGUGGUCGAUCCGGUGGAAAGACUCCUAUCAGCGGACAUCGGGCAGGUUCAACGCAACCUAAUGAAGCCAUGCAGGCAUUGCAAACCCAACUCCGCGAAAUGUCAACUCACAUGGAAGGCCUAGAGAAGGAGAGGGACUUUUAUUUUGCGAAGCUUCGGGAUAUCGAGAUCCUCGUUCAGCAACAAUCGGAGACACUGGAGAGUCAAGGCAAGGAAGAUGAUAAUCUCAAAGAGAUCCAAAAGAUCCUCUACUCGACAGAGGAUGGUUUCGAAGUUCCGGAGAACGCACCUGUCGAUGAAGAGGAAACUUUCUGAUUGUGCAUGCCGCUGGAGUAUAGGAAGAAGUCCUCGUGUCAUAUCCUAUGAUAUCACCUUUACCCUUAAACCAAGUGUUCAUUAGCAUUCACUUCACGCCUUGCACGUUUUCGUUGUUCCAUCCCUGUCGUUCCUUAUAAUUGGAGUCUACAUAACUGCGCUCCUUCGCUUAGCUCUAAUAUUCGUAUCUCAAUGCAUUUUGGAAUCUCUCAUUCUCACAGACAACAGUUCCGGCCAGGAGGUCUCAAAGGACUAGAUCUGUGGACUCAGUCCGGUUUUCAAAUUUCCCCUAUACAAAUAGAAGGAAGAAUAUAGCUGUUCCUGGCUCGAGCUUCC